AUGGAUAAAACGCCGAUAGAAGCAUUCUCGAUGCAUUGUAUAGAGUCUUUUGGGCUUGAAAGCGGUGCAAGGUAUAGAGGAAAUCAGCUUUCAAGCGGCGGGUCGUUUACAAUUGAGAUGGUGAUUGAUGCUGUGGAUCAGCAGCAAGAAAUUGUCUGCGGCACAUUUGAAAUCCACAACAUCAGUGACAAGUAUGAGUUACUUACGACAUACUUCGAAGGAGAGAUGGCCGGUAGCAUCUAUCCAUUUACUACAGAACCGCCAUUAGCAACGAAUCCAGACAUCAUCCACUGGAAGCUGUUUCCUGAGUGGAGGAUGGAGUAUGCCAAUGCAGGCAGUGCAUACGACAUAGCAAACAGCGACUUUGUGUACAUAAAGAUCAAGGAGCUAUUUAUUCUGCCGGAUCCCAAGAGCAGAAGUAUCCCUGGUGCAUCCAUAGAUGGGCACUACUACUGCUGCUAUUACAGAAACCUGGACUGUUUUGCAGGCCAUUACUACUACAGAAAUACAUCGAACUUUGUUUCCCAGCAGGUACUAUUUGACAGAGUGUUUUCAAGAGUGUCACGGGGAUGGGAGUUCGCAGAGUAG